AUGUCCUCGGCGCCCAUCGACAUCACCGCGCUCCGGGCGCGCUACGAGGCCGCGGGGCAGUCGCACCUCUUCACCUUCUGGGACAAGCUGACGGCCGACCAGCAGGCCAGCCUGGCUGCCCAGCUCGACGCGCUCGACGUGGAGCGAGUCAACCAGGUCUUCAAGACGGCCAUCCAGGCAGACGACGAGGCGAGGUCCGGCAAGUCGGCCAGGAUCGACCCGCCGCCGGCCUCGAGCGUCCAGUCGACCAUCGAGGGCGAGGCCGACGCCGCCGAGGUCGAGCAGCUGCGCAAGCUCGGCCUGGACGCCAUCGCACAGGGCAAGGUCGGCGUGCUCCUUAUGGCCGGCGGACAGGGCACCCGCCUCGGCUCCAGCGCUCCCAAGGGAUGCUACGACAUCGGUCUGCCCAGCCACAAGAGCCUCUUCCAGCUCCAGGCGGAACGCAUCCUCACCCUGCAGAGGCUCGCGGCUCGUGGCGGCCAAGACGUCGUCGUCGUCCCGUGGUACAUCAUGACCUCGGGCCCCACCCGACGCGACACCGAGGACUUUUUCAAGAAGCACGACUUCUUCGGCCUCAAGCAGGAGAAUGUCGUCUUCUUUGAGCAGGGGACGCUGCCGUGCCUCUCGCUCGACGGCAAGAUCCUGCUCGAGAGCCAGCACAAGGUGGCCACGGCGCCCGACGGCAACGGCGGCCUCUACCGCGCGCUCCGCACGCCCUACACGGCCGGCAAGCCGGACACGGUCAUCUCGGACCUCGAGAGGCGCGGCAUCCAGUACCUGCACGCGUACGGCGUCGACAACUGCCUCGUCAAGGUGGGCGACCCCGUCUUUAUCGGCGUCAACCUGCAGCAGGGCGUCCAGGCGGGCGUCAAGGUGGUCAAGAAGACGGACCCGGCAGAGUCGGUCGGCGUCGUGGCGCUGCGCGACGGCAAGUUUGGCGUCGUCGAGUACUCGGAGCUGCCGCAGCAGCUGAGCGAGGCGCGCGACGCAUCGGGCGAGCUCGCCUUCCGCGCCGCCAACAUCGCCAACCACUUUUACACGACGUCGUUCCUCGCCGCCGAGGUGCCCAGCUUCGAGGCGCAGAUGGCCUUCCACAUCGCCCGCAAAAAGAUCCCCACCGUCGACCUGGCCUCGGGCGAGCCCGUCAAGCCCUCGGCGCCCAACGGCAUGAAGCUCGAGCUCUUUGUCUUUGACGUCUUCCCCUUCUGCGACCGCCUCGCCGUCCACGAGGUCGCCAGGAACGAGGAGUUCAGCCCGCUCAAAAACGCACCCGGCACCGGCAGCGACGACCCGGCCACCUCGAGGCGCGACCUCCUCGCCCAGCAGAAGCGCUGGCUCCAAAACGCCGGCGCCACCGUCGUCGACGGCGUCGACAUCGAGCUCAGCGCUCGCCUCACCUACAACGGCGAGGGCCUCGAGAGGUUCAACGGCGUCACCCUCGACAAGAGCCAGAACAUCGAGCCCUAG